UUCCAAGGUGAGUUUUUCUUGUUGGGCCUCUGUCGGGGGUGCGCUUGUCAGGGUUUGGCUCGAAGUCUGUCGCCUCCGAGUCAGAUGGACCGCCCUGCAUAAGAAGAGCCUCCAAGCCUCGUUUUCUUGAUUCGCUUCCGAUCUCCACGCCCGUUGCAUUGCAUUCUUUAACCAUUCUACAUAAUACGAACUCAAGAACCGGUUCAAGGAUUUCUUGACUGUCUCUUAUCUCCUGGCGACAAGCUGAACGCUUCGAGUCUCACACUCUCUUUCCACCUACCGACUGUGCGGAAGAAAAAGGACAUCGCGAUCGUGUUGUCUCCAAUCUCUGUGACGUGCUCCAAGAUCUCACUACAUCUGCGCCAACAACAAAACCUCCUUCAUUGAGAGAAAAAAUGGCGUCCGGCAUUCCUUAUACCCCCAAACCUGCGACCGACAUCUUUACUCCUUAUCAGACCGAUAUCGACCGGCGACAAUGCAAGAGAAUCGUCCCUAUGCGAGUGCUGGCACUUGGCUUAGGAAGAACUGGUACGGCGUCGUUGAGAGCUGCACUUAAGGAGUUGGGCUAUACAGACACCUACCACAUGAUGUCAGCCAGCGUCGAGAACCCUCCCGACUGUCUCUGCUGGCAAGACGCAUUCGCAGCCAAGUUCGAAGGCAAGGGCAAAUUCGGUCGUGAGGAGUGGGAUGCUCUACUGGGUCACUGCCAGGCGGUCUGCGACUGGCCGGCCGUUGCAUUCUCCAAAGAGCUGAUCGAGGCAUACCCAGAAGCCAAAGUCAUCAUCACCACGCGAGACGUUGAUUCAUGGCACAACUCGGUUUUGAAGACGGUCGAUUGGCGCGCCAAUGACCCCGAACUCAAGGCCGUCGCCAACUUUGACUGGGCUGCCGGACUUUACUCCCCUAUGCUGCGCAAUUUCUGGAAGUACUUCUUCAACGACGACUUCAAGAAUUCCGGCAAAGACAGAUUCAACGAGUACUACAAGGAAAUCCGCGAGAUUGUACCGCCCGGGCAACUUCUCGAAUUCCGAGUGAGCUCAGGAUGGAGACCUCUAUGCGAAUACCUGGGCGAGCCGGUUCCCGACAAGCCGUUUCCUCGAUCCAACGACGCCGAUGGAUUCGUGCAACGAUGUCGAACACAGAACCGCAAACAGAUGAUGAACGUCAUCUUCAGAGCUCUUGUCGUUGGACUACCUGUUGUUGCAACUGCUCUCUCUGCGACCUUCGCCUACACCCAUUAUCUACCCAAGUUUGCUCAGCACUCUUCAAUCUGGUCGGCAACGUCAUCAUGAUCAUCCUCUUCUGACACUCGUACAUUCUCAAAAUUGUUCAUAUGGGCGCAUGGCUUGUAUAUAGUCCGGGGCGUUCUUGGGAUUUUGGGCAGCGUUUUCUACACCUCUUACACUGGGUGACUCUGGAAGCGCGUCUUUGGAGUCUAUCCAUAAUACCUUACUUUAUGAUGAAGGGCUUCAAGCCCAUCAACUGCAUACACCAGGACUCUGGCUUAUCAUCUUUUCACCUUGCAUACCUAGGUACUGAUCGGACAUGGAUGGCUAGAACAUGCGCGUCGGCCGGCCACCACCGACAGCAUGCAGUUACAAAGUGGUCAACAACUCGUAUCGCUUACCCCUGCUUAUCAGAGAAAGCAAAAAAGAAAUAGUGGCCUUAAGGCCCAAUUACAGAGUGCCUUGAAAUCUCUC